AUGGCCUUCCAAAUCAGCAAAGUACCAUCCGAAUCCGAUGACCAGGAAACCAUCUCAGCAGAACUCACCUCCUUCGAGUUCCCGGAUGAUUUGGAUAUGAUCAGUCUUCUGGAUGCUACUCUCCUGUUGAAAAAAUAUUUUAUGGAUUCGUGGUGUAGGAAGAAUUCGUGA